AUGAAAUCCACACUGAAGGAAACGAAACCAGAUGACUAUAGCUAUUUUGAAAAGAUCUGGGACUUGAGGAACCGACACAUGGUGAAAGGAUUGCUGGAGCAAAAUGUUUUUUUUCUACUACCUUGUUAUGAAACUGACUGUGUUCAUCCUGUGUUUCAACGAGGAAGGCUUGAUGUUGAAAUGACGUGGUUCGAGGGUGGUCCAUCAUUGCCUGAAAUACCUUUCUCUAUUCCAGAUCCUGCUCGACCCUGGGGAGGGGAAUGUGAUAAGUGUACUUCUGGUUGUUAUGGGCAUUUCUUACCACCCAAGGAGUGUGUUGAACACGCUCGUCAGCAUCGCAUGAAAGACUGCAUGCUCACACCUCCUUCAGCAAUCAUCAAGGAAGCAUUU